AUGUCUAGGCGUAGUAAGCAGAGCGGAAAGUCACGCGCUAAGGCUAAGUCUCGCUCUUCUAGAGCAGGCUUGCAGUUUCCUGUGGGCCGGAUCUACCGCCUGCUCCGCAAAGGGAACUACAGCGAGCGCAUUGGGGCUGGUGCACCAGUGUACGUGGCAGCAGUGCUGGAGUAUCUGACCGCUGAGAUCUUAGAGCUAGCAGGCAACGCGGCCCAUGACAACAAGAAAACUCGCAUUAUCCCGAGACACUUGCAGUUGGCUAUCCGUAAUGAUGAGGAACUCAGCAAGCUGUUGAGUGGCGUGACAAUCGCUCAAGGUGGUGUUCUCCCUCACAUCCAUACUGUGCUGUUGCCAAAGAAGACUGAGAAUGACCCCCAGGUUCAGGUCAAGUAG